AUGUUUGCCUUUCCCGAGACAAAACGACGCGUGCUCAUUGACCCUACAGACCCGGACGUUUUCUGUUUUUUUUUUACUCUUUCUUUCUUUCUUUCUUUCUUUCUUUCUUUCUUUCUUUCUUUCUUCGACCGUUCCACCGUUCCACCUUCUUCGUUCGUUCGUUCGUUCGUUCGUUCGUUCCUUCCUUCCUUCCUUCUCGUGCGUUCACAUCUAUCUAUCUAUCUAUCUAUCUAUCUAUCUAUCUAUCUAUCUAUCUAUUCUAAAUCCUUUACAACUGAGUACAAACCACUAUCUAUCCCUUUUCUUAUUUGCUUUUCUAUCUUGUCUUUCGACAGCUUUUCUUUCUUUCUUUCUUUCUUUCUUUCUUUCUUUCUUUCUUUCUUUCUUUCACUGUCUGUUCCUAUCUAUCUAUCUAUCUAUCUAUCUAUCUAUCUAUCUAUCUAUUCAAGCAGAUUUGGCAGGCUUGAAUUUCAAAUACAAAAACGCACAAAACCUUAUCUCACUUUCGAACCCUUUCUUUCUUUCUUUCUUUCUUUUAUUCAUUCAUUUCAUUUUUCAUCAUUGUGCCUUUCAUUCAUUCAUUUAUUCAUUCUUAUUUCUUUGUGCCAUUUUAAAUCAUUCUCCUUUAUGUAUUUUAUUCAUUAUUCUUUUUCUUCUAUUUUUUUUCACUUAUUCAUUUUUUUUCUUCAUGAUUUUCAUUUAUCCAUUUUACUUACUUUCCUUCUUUUCUUUCUAUUUUUCUUUCUUUCUUAA